AUGAGUUUGAGUUCUUAUUAUAUGUGUUUGAGUGUUACAAAGUUCGAUGAACUGAAGAGUAAGAAGGAAAAUACAAGGUUCUUUCUGGCUACUUUCACUUACACUUCUUCUAGCUCUGACAAUUUUGCUACGGUUGCCUGCAAUGUUUUCGAAGGAUUGCUGAAGCUGCCUGUUCUUAUAAAGCAGAACCCAGGUUUUAAUGUUAUAUCUAAUGGUGUCGAAGUCACGGUACCUGUAAGAUGUGCAUGCCCUGAUGAAAUUGACAAAAAACAUGGUGUCAAGUAUCUUGUUACGUAUCCGAUAAUACAAUAUGAUAACACAUCAUUCAUAGCUAAGAAAUUUGGUGUACCUGAAGAGAAAAUCUUAGCUGCUAAUAACCUAGACCCAUUGACAACAAACUUUCCUAAGACUGUACUGAUCAUUCCCAUCAAUGGAAUCCCGGUUUUGAAUCUGGGAAUUAGUCCUUCGCCAGAUACAGAUCCUUUUCCUGCGUCUGCAAUUCCUUUGCAGAAACUUCUUCAUACAAGUAGACUAAACAAUAGGAACUUGUAUACACUACUUUCAGUGGGUGUCUUAACCACGGCGUUAUUACUUAUUGCAGCUCUUAUGAUUUAUAUUAGUGUCGGUAACAGUUUGGAUGACUUAAGAAUUGCUACUGGGGGUUUCUGCGAAGAUGCAGUGAUUGGUCGAUCUGUAUAUCGAGGAAGUAUUGGAGAUACACAUGUAGCAAUUGAACAGAUGGAUUCAGAAGAAGAAACACACAGAGUUAUUGAUAUAUUAACAAAAAUCAAUCAUUUAAACAUUGUCAGACUAGAAGGUUUCUCUCAUGAGACUACACCAUAUCUUGUGUUCGAGUAUGCGGAUAAUGGAUGCUUAAGGGAUUGUCUGUCAAGCACAAAGAUAGCUAAGGAGCUUACAUGGGAAAAGAGAAUGCACAUCUUAUCAGAUGUUGCAGUAGGCCUUCACUACAUUCACCACUACAUAAACCCACCACAUCUUCAUAGAAAUGUCACUAGUAAGAACGUGUUACUAACGACGGACUGGAGAGCAAAGAUCUCCGGAUUCAAAUUGGCGAAACCUAUUACUAGGAGUGAAGACAUGAAACAAAAUGACACCUAUCAUGAAUCUCUAAUAAUGGCUAAAGAAGCUCUCGUGGAUGGUUGUCUGUUGAAGGACUCUAUUGAUUUUUUGUCUGACGAUGUUCUUGAAGACACUUCAGGUUGUGUCGAGAAGCUAAAGGAAUUCAUGGAUCCUACUUUGGAAGGAAACUACCCAAUAGGUGAUGCGUUGUGUUUAGCUCUAUUGGCAAAGGGUUGUGUAGAAGAGGAUCUCACCAUAGACCCACCAUGA